CGCUGUGUGCAGAUUCCCUAGUGUUGCUGGAGUGCAUUCAUCUCGUCUGCAAGCUCCAGCGAAAACGUGACUACCAGCUUUUUAUUUAUUUCGCUACCUUUUAACACGUUUCCGGAACAAAAUGUAACUUCCAAAGGCGCUCAACAGCUUUCCGACUAACCUUCUGUUGUUUUUAAAGGAGAAGCGAUAGUGAAUGGCGUCUUUUUGGCUACAAAGGGAAGAUACUGCAAAUGGUUAUACGUGCAUUCUGCCGAUGUGAUGUUUUUUUUGUUUGAUUAGUUUUUUUCUCCUGCAGUCGUGGAUUUCUAACUUGGGGAUUUACUACAAAGCGGCGGUCCGGCCCGUGUUAUUGAAAACAAAACACAAGCGAGGAAAAAGGGAAUUUAAAAGGAAAAAAUAAGGAGGGAUUUAAAAAAGGAGAGAGGGAGCGAGCGAGAGAGAGAAUACUCCUUCGGGCAAAGCCAGGAUUUCAGGAUUUCCAGCGUCUCUCCUUUUAAAGAAGAAUUCAUGUGGCCAGUCUUUUAGCAAACACGAUUCGGAUGCCAUAAUGAGCAAGGAAAGACCCAAGAGAAAUAUCAUUCAAAAGAAAUUAGAUGACAGCGAUGGGAUUCCUUGGUCAGAGGAGCGGGUUGUGCGUAAGGUCCUCUACUUGUCUCUGAAGGAGUUUAAGAAUGCGCAGAAGAGGCAACUAGGCGACGGUGUUGGAGGAGGUACCAAAAAUGCAAAUGGUUCAUUGACUAAUCUCCAGUUAAAUGGGUCAGGCCCUUCAUCAGGAAAUGAGAAAGAUGAUGCUUCACAAGGGUCCUCGCGCUUGAAUGAUGCCAGUUCGACCGACUCUGAAGAUGGACCUGUCAGAAAGCGGCCAAGACUGCAGGCUCAAAGGAAAUUUGCACAGUCUCAGCCCAAUUCACCCAGCACAACUCCCAUUAAGGUGGUGGAGCCAGUGUUGCCUACUCCAGCCUCUCAGAUUACCGACCUCUCAAAAAGAAAGCCCAAGACAGAAGAUUUCCUGACCUUUCUCUGCCUUCGAGGCUACUGUACCAGGCAUUCUGAAGGAUCUGAAGCAUUGCCCAGCAAUAUGGCAUAUUUUGGAAGUUCUCAAGAUGAUGAAGAAAUGGAGGAUGAGGAGGAAGAUGGUGAGGAUCUGAAACCCCCUGUGAACAUCUCAACAGCAUCUUGCCAUUCAACACCCAGGAAGGGCAAACUUAAUGGAAAACACACAGUCAACGGCCAUGUUUUCAAUGGUCACAGCAAAUUGUCUCAGGAAAGAGAGUCCACUCCGAAACACAAAGGCAAAGAGGCCACGCCAGGGAAGGAGCGUAAUGACAACAAGGCAGAGGGCCACCGAGAGCAGACUUCUGCCUCCACAGCUGCUAACAAUUUUGGAACCUCGGCCAAAGGUCCCUCUGUUAACAGCCAUGCUGUUAGCAGAUCAGCUCAGGAGCUCCGAAAGCAGGUUUCUAAAGUGAAUGGAUUCACCAGAGCCUCAUCCUUAGGCGCUCAUCCACCCAGUGCCAAAAAGACGAGAGACUUCCGACCUUCGCCGUCCAAAACUGUGAAGAACACAGCCUCCAUGACAAAGGGGCACGUCACUGACACCAAAGCAAAGCGAGGGCUGAGCAAGGAAACCAAACUCAACCACAGUAAAUCCACAGUGGUUCACCACAAUAACCAACAUAAUAACCACCACCAUCAUGUCAACUCAGGAAAAGCAGAAAGUAGCAAUGCAAAAACCCGCAAACAGGUGCUAUUAUCCAGUGGAGUACACAAACCAGCAAGUGGGAGCUACAUGCGUCUCAAUGGACGUCUCAGUGGGAGACUGUGUGUGAAGGAAGAUGGGAGGUGGGGGCGUGAAGGUUUGCGCAACUCCAAGAGGCGGCUGGAAGCUACAAGCCUUGGCCGGACAAGGUUUCAGCCUAAUACCAAGAAGGCUAGACUAAACGUGUGCUCACCUGAAACACGCAGCAAAAAAGCCCGUCGAGAAAAAACUGUAUUAAAUGGCCAACUAAAAACCCAGCAAGUUACCAAGCAAAACUCUGAGAGGCCGAAAAGAGGCUUGGCAACAAGACAGACUGCAGCCAAACAAGCACACCACAAAGCCGAGAGCAUACAGAGUGAGAACCAUUCUACCUCAGCAAGAGAAUCGUCGUCCUCACCGCACAAGCCAUCUGAGCCCAAAGCGGAAAAGGAGAAGGGAAGCAAUGCCAAGUCAGGUUGGUCUAAGAUAACCGAGGUGCCCGUCUACAGACCGAAUCACAAGGAGUUCCAGGACCCUCUGACUUACGUUGAGUCAAUUCAAGAGCAGGCAGAACCCUAUGGCCUAUGCAGGGUGAUUCCACCAUCUGACUGGCGGCCUGAAUGCAAACUCAGUGAUGAGAUGCGCUUUGUCACCCAAGUGCAACAUAUACAUAAACUGGGCAGACGCUGGGGGCCCAAUGUGCAACGAUUAGCAUGCAUUAAAAAGCACCUCAAAUCUCAGGGCAUUACAAUGGAAGAACCUCCCUUAAUAGGAGGCUGCGAGCUGGAUCUUGCCCGGUUUUUCCAGCUUAUUAAUGAAAUGGGUGGUAUGCAGCAAGUGACAGACCUCAAAAAAUGGAACAAGCUGGCAGACAUGCUGCGCAUCCCAAAGUCUGCCCAGGACCGACUGGCCAAACUCCAGGAGGCUUACUGUCAGUAUUUGCUGUCCUAUGAUUCUCUGUCACCAGAAGAUCGCUCUCGGCUGGAGAAGGAAGUUUUGGCAGAAAAAGAGAAUCUGGAGAAAAAGAGGGGCCCCCUGGAGGGACAUUCAGAGAACACACACAAGUCACAAUCGCUGCCCAGGUUUGAACCCAAAAAUGGAUUAAUCAAUGGUGUGGUGCACAAGAAUGGCUUCCGCAAUAAACUGAAAGAGCUAGACACUCAGUUGAAAACAGGUCGCCGGCGUCUGUUUGCUCAGGAAAAGAAGGAAAAUGAAGACGAGAGUGGAGUUCUUUGUGACCAGCACAAAUGUAUAUAUAAGGGAAGGUCUGUGUCGUUAACCACGUUCUACAGGACGGCUAGAAAUACUAUGAACAUGUGCUUUAAUAAGGAGCCCGAGGCAGCUGAAGUUGAGCAAGAGUACUGGAGGAUAGUGGAACAUAAAGAUUGCCAUGUGGCUGUACAUUAUGGCAAAGUGGAUACGACAACACAUGGAAGCGGUUUCCCUGUGGGAAAGUCAGAGCCAUUUUCAAAGCAUGGAUGGAACCUUACUGUCCUUCCUAAUAAUACAGGAUCCAUCCUGCGACACCUUGGUGCUGUGCCUGGAGUGACCAUUCCCUGGCUAAACAUUGGUAUGGUCUUUUCUACCUCAUGCUGGUCUCGAGACCAAAAUCGCCUUCCAUACAUUGAUUACUUACACACUGGUGCUGACUGCAUUUGGUAUAGCAUUCCUGCUAAGGAGAAGAACAAACUUGACAAAGUCGUGCAUACUUUGCUGCAAGCCAAUGGAACUCCAGGACUGGAAAUGCUUGAAAGCAACAUCAUGAUCUCUCCAGAGGUGCUUUCUCGAGAAGGGAUCCAGGUGCAUCGUACUGUCCAGAAGAGCGGCCAGUUCAUUGUCUGUUUUCCAGGAACAUUUGUGUCCAAGUUAUGCUGUGGUUACAGUGUUUCUGAAACUGUGCACUUUGCUACCAUCCAGUGGAUGAGCCUAGGAUACGAGGCUGCUAAGGACCUAAAGUGUCGGCGUGUAGCUAAACCAUUUUCGAUGGAGAAACUUUUGUAUCAGACUGCAAUGGUGGAAUGCAAGCGGGAGAAUGAACAAACUUUGAGUACAAUCGCUUCACUUCUUAAAGAUCUCAGGGAAAUUGAAUUAAAACAACGGCAGGAGCUGUACAAGGCAGGGCUGCAUUCCUCGGCUCGCUAUGGGAGCAACGACAACAAUCAGACGGUGGAUGGAAAGAAGAAGUCUCGGAAGUGGCUGGCGAUGGAGACAUCGGAGAGACGCUGCCAGAUGUGCCAACACCUAUGCUAUCUUUCUAUGGUGGUUCAAGAAAAUGACAAUGUGGUCUUCUGCUUGGAGUGCGCCCUUCAGCAAGUUGAAAAACACAAGUCCUGUCGAGGGCUGAAAUUGAUGUAUCGCUACGACGAGGAGCAAAUCAACAGCUUGGUGGAGCAGAUCUGCGGCAAAGCCAGAGGAAAAAACGGCGAGAACGGCCGGUCGAGCAACCUCAGCAAGAUGUCGUUGAAGCGCGGACCCCGGAAGCGAGCGACCCUCGAUGUUCCGGUCUCCAGAUUGUCUUCUUCAAACGUGUCCAGAAGUGUUUCCUGUUCCACAUGAAGAUGCCAUCUGUUUUUUCCCCCCCUUUUCUUUUUGGAUGUGUAUCAUAGUUUGGAGAGCUUGGUCUAGAACACCAGCUGUCUUUGCACUAGCUCUAAAGAGUAUUUUGUUCUGUUUUUAGAGAAGUAUUUUGAUUUAGCAUUAAAAUUUUGAAUUGGAUUUUUUAAGGACGAUUUAUAUAUGCAUACAUAUAUUAAUAUUCUAUACAUACUGCAGUUGAAAUGAGACUGUGGACUGCAGUCGUGUCACUGAUUCGCGAGCAGCUCGGAGGGCUGGCCGGAUACGUCGCUUGGUUUGCUUUGGGUUUUUUUUUUUUUUUUUUUCCCCGGUUAUCAUUUUAUCUGUCGGCCCCUUUGACUGCACAAGCCUUUAGUUUAGAAUUUUUGUAACUGUGAAAGAGGGGGGCUGUUUUUAAAAACCCUUGUUUUUCAAUAUGUUGAAGUUGAGUGGGUUUGUGUUCUUUUUAAAGGGGGGGUGCAACUUUUCAUAAUCGCGUUUGGUGACGCCAGCAGCUUUUAUUAUUUUUUUUUUGGGAAUGCGAUACAGAAGGAAAAAACUUGAAAGUGACUGCUUGGCCUGGUUGGUGAUUUCUAUUCCUUUCAAAUAAUUACAAUGUUCUCUGUUCUUUAAUAUGAUUUGGGACUUUGGGGGCAGAUGAUCAUAGGGUGGUCCGGAGAAAUCCAUGGCAGCUUACAAUAGACGUGGUUUACAAGACAGAUGCUAAUGGACGGUACAUUCCAUCACUGUGCAUCUGGGGACUUGGGCUUUCUUCUUUUGGGGUUUUUGUUUGUUUUGUUCCCCCCCAUUUUUUUUUUUUUUUUGUGGGGAUAUUUUGUGCGAGUGAAUUGAAUUUUUUUUUAAAAUUGUUUUCCUCUGUUCAAGUCAGAUGGAGGCUGCCUGCCUAUUUAAAGGAGGUUGCCUGCCUAUUUUAAGAGUCUUUACAUUUGAAAACUGUGCCUGAUUUUAGUAGGAAAUUCAUACUGUUAUUUUGGUGCUUUUGGUUAUUUUAUCAACAACAACAACAAAAAAAAAAAAAAGAAAGACAGAUAGAAGCUAGCGCUGAGCCGGCGUUGGAACUCUUCACACAGACUGUAGCCGGCGGCCAGCACUGCUUUGUUCUAGAUGUGCAAUCGUAUUAACAUUCCAUUCUCCGGGUUUUUUUUUUUUUUUUUGUUGUUUAUUUUUUUUUUUCUUCUUCACAGUAAGCAUUAACUUCUGUAUGUAAUUAAUAUUUUUAUGGUGUGAGAAGGGUGACUGGCCUCACGUUGUAUUUGAAGCCAGAAGAAGAGCGGGAUGUGGAAACCCUUCAUGCGCUCAUGUUUUGGUUUUGUGUGCUCAGUUUCCCCAUUUUUAUAUAUAUAUAUAUAUAUAUUUAUAUAUAUAUAUAUAUAUAUAUAUAUAUAUAUAUAUAUAAUACACACACACACUCACACACACAAUAUCAUAAAAACACUUUUUGUACAUAGGCCUGUAAAUUUCUUUAAAUACUUGAGCCUCUCUUUUGGACGGGAUGGGACGGGACGGGGCCGGUGGUGCUGGUCUAGAGACCCGAUGAAGAACAGCCUUACGUUUCCGUUUCUUCAUCAAUAUUAAGUUUCAAUGCUUACAGGGUUUUUCUUGUAACAUUUAUAAAGAAGUGCUGCUUACAUCACUGAUUAAAUAUGGAGUAGCUGGUGCCCUUUAUUUUUUUAUUUUUUUUCAAUGGAAGGGAAAAAAAGAAAAACGACCCAACACGACCCCCCAAGAGAGGUUUUAUGUUUUCAUUGCUGAAAAUUGAACAAUGGAGUAGCUACCCAUGUUGCACUGAACUUGCCAGUGGUGACUGUCAAGAAAUCCUCUACUUCAGUUUGCCGUUGUGGUGGUCCUUGAACAGAACUGUCGUAGGAUUAUUUAACGAGAACCUUAGCUGAACCAAGCGUUUUCAGAAAUGUGGUUGUCAAGUUUUUAUGGCCUUAUAGUGGAUAUUUUUUUUUCUUUUCUUGGUCCUUUCUAGGAUUGUUUAAUGAUAUAAAAAACAAAAAACACAAAAAAAAACAUUUUUUUUUUUAUUUCUUUCCAGUCAUAAUGUUUAAUUUAUUAGAUCUGCUCUCCAACCUUUCCUCUCAAAUGGGAAGGACCCGUUGUUGUUUUUUUUUGUUUCUUAAGCAGGUUUUGUGUUUUUUUUUUUUUCUUCAUUUUGUACGUUUUAAGGUUCAAUAAAAACUUCCGGACAAUUCACUGUCACUUCUUUACAACCCCCUUAUUUUUAUGUUUUCGGAAAAAGUCCAGUUUGUGCCGUGAUGUCCGUGCUGUGAGCAGAGAACUGGAGCAGAGGGUGAGGUAGACGGCGGUCUUACUGGAGACGAGCGAAGGCGUGGAGGACGCUGGGGUGGAAUUUGAAGACCGCCAUCCUGGGGGAAAACCCACCUCGGCUCAUUUCUUUUCACUUUUCCUACCUGUUUAAUUUUUUUUUUUUUGUAUUUAUUUAUUUUUUUCAAUUUGUUAAAUAUCUCAUCACUUUAAUAUUGCAAUUAAUUUAAAAUGGAAAAAGAAAAAAAAUCACACAAGCACACUUUAGAUGAAUUUUAUGUAUUUUUUGAUACUAUGAACUAUAUUUGUAUAGUUUUUUUUUCUUGAUCUUUCAACAUUUGAAAAAAAAAAAAAAAUUCAGGAACUGUAAAUUGAUCUUUUUAAAGUGCAGAAUGAAGUGCGUUUGGUUUUAAUAAGAAGAGAAAUGGAGUUUUGUUCUUUUUUUUGUUUUUUUUGUUAAACUUACUGCAGUAUCACAAAUGUGAGAAUGAUCCAAAAUGGAUGAUCAGUCCUGGAGCGCCACUGUAAACCAGUACACUUAUUAUGAUGUAUUUAAUUAAACCUUUACAAAAUGUCA